AUACUGAAAAUAUUACUUAAACCGCGUUAAUGCCUGAUUUUUGGCGACCACUCUUUGCUUCAAAAAAUCGCAAGUUCCAAUCUAGAGCAAGCAAGUUUCCCAGUGAACUUGACUCGGAAAUACGAACUUUCAAACUUAGAUCGACCCUUUCACGCAUGGAAAAAUGAACAAAACGAAAAAUGUCCGGUUAAAUUGCUGUUAAUUACAAAGAUUAAAACUUUAAUGUGCGUAAUUCAACAAAAAACCCGCAUUCAGGCUCAUUAAAUCCGUUUCAAAGUGAACCAGUUCUCGAUCUGAUCAAGUGCAUUUUGGUAGUUCGUAUGUGUGAUCUUGCCGGAAUGUCCGCUAAAGGUGUUUUUCCCAGCUCUGUGAAAAUGCACUCGUCUGACCCUAUUAUCCAAAACGCAUCGAAAAAUCGUAAUUAAUCCGGAAUUCUCGCAUAAAGAGUGUCGUUACUCGCACAAUCAAUAUAUGCAAUAUUCGGGGACAAUGUCGAGUUGAUUGUCUUAGGAAGAGAAACCGAAGGGGAAUGGCGGCCAAUUACUUCAGUCUUAUCUAGAGCGUAAGUCCAAACGCGAAUAUCCAAAGGAAGCCAAAGAAACGUAAGCCAAUUAGGAUUGCCUUUACGGAUCGCUGAAAUCCUCGAAGUCAAUUACGCAUUUAUAUACGAGUACUAAUGGAGAUUCACAUUGAAGUGCUUGUUUUAACUGUAUCUAAAAAUUAUGAAGAGUGCUCAAAGACUUUAAACUGUACAUCACAAGAAGCAAAGUUUGUUGCGGGAAGAUGAUAAUAAUGCACAAAAUAUUACACUUCUAAUGAGCUUCAAUGUAUGUCCGGACCAGAACCGGACGUGUUAGAAAGAGGCGGCGAUUCAGUGCUAAAACGGUCGUCUUACUCUAGCGUCUUUAUUCCUUUUUCAAUAGAUGCAUUUGCUCAUUUGCCUUGUUCCACUCAGGCACAAGAUUCGGCAAAAGUGCCGGAAUGUAACCAUAGAGGGGUGCACCCGGUUAAAUUAUUGUUGGGACAAUUUCAAAUGAAAAACUUUGCAACGUAAAUAAAUCCUGAACAAAAUUACGCCGAUGGGAAAAUCAAAAUGAAACUCAUAAAUUCCAGGCAAUCCAGUCAAAUAACCGGGAAAUGGUAGAUCAUCAAUUCUAAUGUGGAUUGUUUACAAAGCGCAGGACGACGGAAACCGGAUUCCCAGAGCCGGAAAAUGAGAAGCCCCGCAAAGUUAUUUUAAAGUUGGAGAAAGCGAAAGAAAGAAUCGUAAAAAUGCGGGCAAAUUCGGAGCCAAGAGUGUCGCGUGCUUAAUUCCAGCUCAUUCUUUCCACAGUUUCUUCACUUGAAGACCAACCGUUUGGGGUUUGAUUGGAAACAUAUUUUUCAGCGGUGCGGCGAUAAUUUCUGGUCAAUCAAACUUCGCUUUGAACAAUCCGCUGGUUUUCCCCCAUUGUGUAAAAUGGGCGGUCGAAGUUGAGAAUGUCGGAAAAACUGCACCAAUACCAAGGAUGUCUUGGGCGAUUGCACGAUCACAGAGACCGGGUGCGGGAGAAAUACCUUUCGUGGAAAGCGGAUAAUCCCGAUGGAGUUCUGCAGUGGUUCAAACGAAAAUUUACAGGCGCCCACAGCGAUGUGGAGGAGCAAAAGCUGCACCCGGAUUACUCGCAUAUCUUUCGGCGAAAAACCAGACGAGAGUUGGUGCGGAUCUCGGCAGCAGUGAUGGGCAUCGAGUUCUCCUAUGCGGCCGAAACAGCCUUCGUCUCGCCCACAUUACUCCAAAUAGGGGUUGAACAUCAACACAUGACUCUUGUGUGGGCUUUAUCACCACUGGUCGGCUUCUUCCUCACACCCAUCUUGGGCUCUUUGAGCGACAGGUGCCACUUAGAGUUUGGUAGACGACGACCUUUUAUAAUGGCCAUGUCUUUGGGCGUUCUAAUUGGAUUGAUUUUGGUUCCCAAUGGAGAACUGUUGGGAUACUUGAUGGGCGACCAACGCGCUCUAAACCAAGAAACCCAAGAUCGUUUAAUGCGCCAACCCCUUGGGCCCCGGCUGUGGGCAAACUCCAAAUCACUAAACUCUUCCUUUGCUGCCAAUCAAACGGAAGAUUUCCUCGCGGGUGAAAGCAACAACAGUUCCCAUCCAUGGGGAGUGUUUUUCACCAUUCUCGGGACUGUUUUGCUGGACUUUGAUGCUGAUGCCUGCCAGAGCCCCGCUAGGGCUUUCCUGCUGGACGUCACAACGUCAGAUGAUCACGCUCGUGGUUUGAGCACCUUCACCAUCAUGGCAGGACUGGGCGGGUUUAUGGGCUACGCCUUGGGCGGAAUCAACUGGGAUGUCACCUUCUUAGGCGAGCUAUUAGGAGGACACGUGCGAGCGGUGUUCACUCUAAUCACCAUAAUCUUCCUAGUGUGCGUCUCCUACACAAUAAGCAGCUUCAGAGAAAUGCCUCUGGGCUUUCUGGAGUUGCAUAAACCCAUGGACCGAACUCCUGACGCCGGAGUGGUUAACAAAAGCUUCGAUAGCGGAGAGGAGAGUGCUGAGAGGAAUUAUGGUUCCGUGGGCGAAGCCACUAGUGGAGGUUCGCAAAGGAAACAGAGCAUAGCUCCAGAUCCAAAGGCUUCGCUCCGGAUCUACCUGCAGAGCAUCGUCUACAUGCCCCAUUCCAUCAGGAUGCUGUGCUUGACAAACUUGUUUUGUUGGAUGGCUCACGUUUGUUAUUCGCUGUAUUUUACGGAUUUUGUUGGAGAAGCGGUUUUUGGGGGCGAUCCGACGGCUCCAAAUGGUUCACAAUCACGAGCCAAAUACGAAGCGGGCGUGAGGUUUGGCUGUUGGGGCAUGUCCUUGUACAGCUUGUCCUGCGCUUGUUAUUCCACAUUUAUCGAAAAGUUGAUAUCGAAAUUCGGAGCCAGGAAAGUGUACGUGGGCGGUUUGCUCACUUACUCCACCGGAAUGCUCCUGAUGGCCCUGACGAAGAACAAAAUCGGAGUCAUCCUGUUUAGUGGCACCGCUGGCGUCAUGUACUCAACUUUGUUCACGAUGCCAUACUUGAUCAUUGCCCAUUACCAUGCCAGAGGAGUGUUUGAAGUGAACCAAGAGGGCGAAAGCCAGAUUUCCAGCCAGAUUCGCGGUCUAGGAACCGAUGUUGCUAUUGUUUCCAGCAUGGUUUUUCUGGCGCAGUUUGUGCUCUCCAUCUGCAUGGGCACCAUUGUGAACCUAUCCGGAACCACGACGGCUGUGGUUGGAGUGGCCACCGUUUUGGCCUUUUUUGGCGCGAUCGCAGCCACCAGAAUUAUGUACUUGGAUCUCUAAAGUGAGCAAAUGUAGUCAUGUUAUUGAAUAAAUCAGUUAUUCCAGUUGAAAUUCA